CCAUUCUCCGUCGUUGCAUCCUAGUUGUCCUGGCUUUUAGACACCACUCUCCAGUAAAGACUGCACAGAUCUUCAGCCAUGAGGGCCCUUUUCCUAAUUGUUGCCGUCUUCUUGCUUUCCUACCAGGCUGCUCCAGGAAAUGCCCAAGCAGCAGCAGAUACAUUGGCAUGUCGUGGCCCUGGGCUUGGAUGCCAGGUUGGGCCAUGCAGGCCUCCUGCUGAAAAUGUGGGGACCUGCCGGGAUGGAGCACUCAGCUGCUGUAAAUGGUAA